AGAAAAGACAUAUCUCUAGCUCAGAGGGAGUAUAAAAAAAAGAAGUCCCAAAAAAAGGCCCAACGACUGAAGCAGCAAGAAGAUGAGAGGGAAUUAGAUAAGCAUAAAUGGGAGCAAUUCAAUGCCAAGAUAUUUUCAAAAACGAAUAAAGGCAAAGUGAAGAAAAGCAUUUUUGCAUCGCCUGACACUCCGAUUGGUCGAGUUGGGGUUGGCACUUGUGGCGUUAGUGGUAAGCCAAUGACAAGAUUUUUCCAUGGGGAAAAAUACAAUAAAAAAUCGUAG